AUGGCGGCACUGGGUGUAAUGGCGGAGGCGGCGAACGCUCGGCUGUUGCAGGAGCGCAUCGAGAGCGUCCGUGAGCAGCUGUCACAACUGCAGGACCAAGUGGACCGCUUCGAUGCCGUUGCCGAUACGCUGACGGAGCUGCCCAAGAAGCUGUCGCACAAAGUCAUGGUACCUCUGGGUAAGCGUGCAAUGGUGCCGGGCAAAAUUGUGCGCUCCAACGAGGUGUUGGCGCAUCUCGGAGACGAGUAUUUCUCGUGGCGCUCGACUCCGCAGGCUCUUGAGAUCAUUGAACGCAAGAAGAAAGCUCUUCACAAAGAGAUCGAGACGCAGGAGGAGAAUCUGCGCGAACUCAACUCCAAGAAGACAGAGGUGGGCAGCGUCGCGCAGCUGCAGAAGAUGUAUGAGGACGAAAAUAUUCGUGAAAUCCAAGAGACUGAAGAAGAGAGCGACCUCGGACCAAUUCCGCGCGCUACGGAUGAAGAUAUCAAGGAGUUCUUUGAGGUGGAGGAGGAAGAGCGAUUGAAACAGGAACAAGCAGCAUGGAACUGGGACGACGUGAUGAAGCGCAUGGAAGAUCUGGAAGCUCGCGAAGCUGCUGGAGACAGUUUGGAAGCCGAAGACAAGUCAGCGAAAGAGGAAGAGUCAGUAGAGGCCCAGGCUGCCGCUUUGAAAGCCAAGGGCAAUGACGCGUUUGCUAAACGACGAUUCCAGGCUGCUGUCCAGUAUUACUCGCAGGCUAUCGAGGUGGACCCGACGUCUCAUAUUUUAUAUGGCAACCGUGCUGCAGCGUAUCAUCGUCUGAAGAAGUAUAAGCUGGCCCUGGAAGACUCUGAUGUUGCUGUCUCUCUGCAUGAACCGUGGGUGAAAGGACACUACCGCCGAGGGUGCGCUUUGGCGGCACUGGAGCAGUUCGAAGACGCAGCUGAAGCAUACGAACGUGCCAUGGAAUUGUGUCCUACUGAUGAAAAACUCGGACAAAACGCAAAGCAGAUGCGUGAGAAAGCGAUUGCUAAAACGAAUGGGAGCAGCCCCCCUGUACCGACAUCACCCUCGACUUCUUUCGUCGCAGCUUCGUCUGCGUCGACUGCUUUCUCCGGUAGUAUCGUGGAACAUGAAGUCACGGAGAAGGUGCCAGCCGCCGUGUCCGCUCCCGUGGUGUCUCCCUUCUCGGAGCCUCGGCAGUCACGCUUCCAAGGCACCAACUACACUGGCCAGACUGUGACUCUGGAACCGGUCGGCGAAGCUCAACCCGUGAAACGAGUCUCCCGCUUCAAAGCAGCGAGAGCAGCUCGAGGGUCAAACUAA